CUCGGCAAACGCAGCGACACGCCCUACAUCCGUCACCGAUCGCCCCAUGCAGCUUAGCGGGGGUCCUUACGUGACCAAUUAUGGUCACCAAUCCCAAGGCCAUAACGGUGGCAAUGGAGGCGGGAACUACUAUCGCCCUGACAACGGUCGCAAUGGUGGCGGCCGCGGUGGAGGCAACGGCGGAGGCCGUAAUGGUGGCGGCAACGGCGUUAAUGGCCGCAAUGGUGGCGGCAACGGCGGCAAUGGCCGUCGCAACCGGCCUCGCUGUCAACUCUGCGGGUACUGGGGGCACGCCGCAGCUGAUUGCCGCAACCGCUUUGAUCGUGACUACCGCGGCAAUAAUUCACGAGCGGGAAACUCGGCUUCCACAAGCAACAACAACAACCCGCACUGGUACAUGGAUACUGGUGCAACGGAUCAUCUCACAAGUGAUCUGGAACGUCUACACAUGCACGAGCGCUACGGAGGAACUGAUCAAGUCCAGGUGGCUAAUGGACAAAGCCACGAGGAGAAUUCUUCUUCACGGUAGGAGCAAGGGAGGACUCUACCCCGUCCCGCUUGCUCAUGCGUCUUCAACAUCCAGUCGUCAUGCUUCUGCUAGUGUCAAGGUCACCGCUUCCCGGUGGCAUCAGCGUCUUGGUCAUCCUACAAAUAAUGUAGUCAAAGAUAUUGUUGGCUCAAAUAAACUUGUGUGUUCCUUAGAUUCUACAUCGUCAGUUUGUGAUGCCUGUCAGCGUGCCAAGAGCCGCCAGUUACCUUAUACAUCUUCCUCUCGUGUGUCUACUAUGCCUCUUGAGCUUGUUCACUCUGAUGUCUGGGGUCCAGCAUGUGCCUCCUCUGGGGGGUACAAGUAUUAUGUUAGCUUUAUCGAUGAUUAUUCUCGCUUUUGCUGGA